AUGGCUUGGAAGCGACUCAGACCAUCCGUUCUCCUCUCAGUUUGUCAAUCAAUGUACAUUGGCUCUCUGAUUUCGUUUUUAACGGCUACCUUUGUAGGUUCAGCAUUCAUACUGACAUCGUACGUAUGCUACGAGACUGUAAACUACUGCCAAUUUUACCCAAAAGAGUUUAUUCCAAUAAGAAUACAGUGGAUGAGAUCGAUCUCGGAUAUCAUUGCCUGUGCCUUCCUUUACAUUUGGUUCUUGGCGUAUUUGCUAUUUCUUUUCCGUCCGUAUCAGUUAAAAGGAGUGAAAAGGAAACUAUUUUUAGUCUGUUGUGUGACGUACUGCUUGGAUUCCCUUUAUCGCGUGGGUCUUCAAGUCCUGAAUAUAUCUCAUUCCAAUCUAUCCUCAGUGCAGAAGAUUCCUUUAAAUAUUUUGUUCGUCAUGAACUAUUGCGUCCAGGCAUAUUUAUUGACUAAACAUUUCCGCCCUACAACGAAGAAAGGACAGCUGAUUUUGUUCCUUCAACUGAUAGUACCUGCUUAUUUUUGUUUGUUUCUAGCCAUUCCAGUGGCAUCGUUGAUUUAUCCAGCUUACAAUAAACAAGACAAUGAAGGGAAAUUACUAAUCGCUCUAUUUGCUCCUCUCAUUGGAGUCGUACUCGAAGUCAUCUCACGAAUUUUUGUUCAGCGGUUAUGCAAUAUUACUCAUCCGGGAUAUUCGUAUGUCUUGCUGGCGCCGUUGUAUUGCGCUUCGGCGGUUAUGUUCCGUCUCUUACAAGCGGAACUAGAUAGCUUAAAGUCCAUCGCUAUUAUUGGGAUUAUUCACGGCGCUGCAGAGGUCAUAGAACGAAGCACCAUGGUUGCAAUUGAUCAUCUCUGCCAUGCGAUUCUGAAAAGAGAAUCAACUCCUUGGGGAAGUUUUCGCACUCCUCGCCGUGAGAGACUAAUGGCUGAUAUCGCCAUCAUGAGCAUGUUGUAUGAAUCAAUUGCUAUAGUGUCUGUAAACGGUGUUUUAUACUUGUAUCAAAUGAUAUACUUACAAAACGAAAGCUUUGUAAAUUUACUCAAGUAUUUUGCCAUUUUCACUUCUGUUCCACUGGCGAUCGAGUGUUUCUUUAUCACCCUGUCGAUUAUGAUCGCUACCCGCUAUCAGAAUAUGCCUAUCAUGGCCAUAUGGCGAAGACGAUGGAAAAGACAUAUAGUUCUGGCGAUUAUUACAUCAGUAUCUAUAGCAAAUUGGACCAGUACAAACCUUUUAGUGAUUGUCCAUCAGCGCUUUGCUGAAGAUUCGUCAAAUAAGACUUGUAAAAUGCCGUUUAGUUAAAUUGGUAUAUGAUUACCACCUUUGCUUCCUCAAAAUAGGAUACUUUGUAGAUGCAUUUUUGUUUUGUUUUUCGUCAGUUUUCUAUUCUCGACUGCAUGCUUUCGGACAGGUAGUGAAAUAAGCUUCAUUUGUGAAAUAUAUAACGAAAGCGGGCGAAUAAAAUCUUGAGUUGAGUCUGUGAAACCGUGAUGAUGACUGGCACGCCUUUUGGUCAGCCAAAAGGCACCCUGCAGCGGUUUAAAAUUAUUUUUGUAAGUAACGUCACUCCAAGAUUUAAGGUUCUUCUAGCUAAGUGGUGGCAUGCACAGUUCUUUAAGGUGUGGUUGUUAACAGAAUUAUUUUGUCAAACAGGGUAUCGAUUUUACCAGUUUAGUUCUAAAAUUUCACCUGAACUCGGUGUCUUGAAUGGUGUGUGGAGAGAAAGGAGCAGAAAUUAUGUAGGAACAGAAAUUGUGACUGAUUAUGUAACCCGCUGUGAAAUUAUUGCUUCUGAAAUUUGUACACGUUCACAUCUCACUAAUUAAAAGCAGCCAUUAUACUUGUUAUCCUGUGGCUUAAGAUUCGUUGCUGUCGAUGUUACAGCUGAGUUCUGAACCAAGAAGUCGAGUGGAGUGUCCGGCAUGAUUACGCUCUGGAUUUUAGGAUCACGUCUGUGGAGGGAAGGUCAGGCGGUUUUGAAAAGGAUGCCGCACUCUCCCUAUGCCAAAUCUUCUUGAAAUUACCUUCUCCCCAAAGAAUAGGUUUCGUGUUUAGAACCUCUGUCAUUUGGUUUUAAACGAAUUGAAACUCCCUAAAAUUAUACAUAAGCAUACUCCUGUGGUAUUGUCUUACUGAUAUCAAACAAUACAAACAACCCUGCAUAGCUGAUCACACGACAAACAUUGCACGUGAAAUGAAAACAAAAGAGUAAAAGGAAAAGUAGAGAAAUGUCUCAUUCCUCAAAUUUUGCGGCUUAAAAAAUUACUGAAAGUUACAGCCUUGAUUCUGAGAAGAG